CAGCUUCACAACAAGCAUAUGCGCUACACCAGAUUCGGCUCUGCACGUGCAUCGCCAUCGACUCAGCCCUGCUCCCGACCCGCGUUUAGUGUCUUGACCGGUCGUCUUGGGCAAUCAAUAUGUCGAGGUGAAGCAGCCAAUACAACAUUGUCCGCGCGCAUGAAUGUCAACCCCAAAUGUUUUUACGACGAACGAUGGCCAGUUCCCCCCAUCCAUUGGAGAAAAUGGCUGAAUCUGUCGAAUGAUAUCCCCGGUUCUGCCCGCCACGAACGGUUCCUUCAGCUUACGCAGUUGUUUGCCUUGUUGCCUAUUGCCGCAUCGCUGCGCACACUUAAGUUGGCUAUUCCUUACACUGUUCCAAAGGAAACAACCUCUGCAACAUCCAGAUUCUACCCUACACAACAAAGUCUAUACUUCUGGCCUUCAGACGUCUAUUUAUCAUGCGAGUUCAGUUCGAAGAUACCGAGGAUGUCUUCAAAUACAUCCAGGAAAACGUUGUGCAGACAGUAUUCCGAGGCGAACCGCAGCGAUUUCUACGCAAAGCGGCACUUGACGAGGUUACCUCGAAAGAGACAAUACUCCUCGUGACUUCUGAUGACGAGGACGUUUUCUUAGAUGAGGACGGACUUGAACGGUUUGCGGAUCAGGUAGUCAAAUUCGGCAGACAAAUGUUCGCAACCUGCGUCCAAGGCUCACUGCCAAUGACAUGUCUUCAACUUUUGUUAGAGAACGGUCUUACGGAUACGGAUAUGCCAUUAACUGAAGACAAUUUUCCAGGAAGCAAGAAAACUAAGCGAAGAUUUGUGGGCAGCUUUAUACCCAACCAAGCACUAUUUAGUACAGCGUACUUUCAUCUAGACAGCUUCCAAGAUCUGACCGGUCUCACUAAGCCGAUUGAUCACGAUGAGAGUACGUUGAUCGGCAAAGGUGCCUUUGGUGCGGUGUAUACUGUUCAAAUCCAUGAGGAACACAGAGCAUUCGCGAGCGGCAACACCAAAGACGAAUUCGCGAUGAAAGUCACGCAACAAAAAGGAACACGUGAACUACCUUACCAUCAGGCUAUGGCGAGUCUGUCUCACCCACAUCUUGUGAAGUGCCAUGCUAGCUUCACGUUUGCAUCAUAUUAUCACAUGAUCUUCGAAAAGGCCGACGGCAAUCUCGAGGAACUUAUGCAAACGCACAGAGACGCUCCUAUACUACGCUCUCUGACUCCGGACUAUCUCGCACAACAGCUCGCCGGAACCAUCAAUGCUGUGUCUGUCAUUCACACUCAACUACCUCCAGACGAUGGCGCGAGCCAGCUGGGUGUUCCCAAGCUUGACAUUCAGAAGUCAGGUUAUCUGCACGAUAUCAAACCAGACAACAUUCUCGUUUUCAGAUAUCGCCAGGCUGUUUGGUUCAGACUUGCGGAUUUUUCAUGUGCUAAGGUUGUCGACUAUGUUGCCAGCGUCAGUGGCUUGCAUAGACAAAGCUGGAAGAGUACCGGAAAAUCUGGCACGCCAAUUUAUAGGCCUCCUGAAUCGACAACAGAGGGAAAGACUUCUCGUCCGUAUGAUAUAUGGUCCCUUGGUUGCGUUCUGAUAGAAGCCUUGGUUUGGUACACUGAGGGCUAUGCAGCCCUGGACACCUUUCGCACAUCUCGAACACGUAUGGUCAAGCCUCGUGGCAUUGAAGACCAGGGCUUUUACUACAUCGAUGAGAAUGGUAAAGGGCACCUUCGGGAGCAGGUCGUGGACCGAUUGAAGACGAUCCCGUUACGUUGUGAAGGGCAUUUGCGAACCAUCGCCAACGUUAUCCCUCAGAUGUUGGAGAUCAACCCACGGGAUCGGCCAACAGCCGAGCAGCUGGUUAACCGCCUCAAAGUGAUUGAUCAGCCUUCUUCGCCGCCUAAUCUACUCACUUCUGCAAGUACCGUCGACUUAUCGCACACGAGAACGAAUCAGUCUGCCAGCCCGACAUACAUCUCCGACUCCGAUUCGGAUUUCGGCCCAGUGAUCAAGAUCCAAGUACAGCACCCAACCAAUGAGUAGGGCUGUCACAAGAGCUGCUACCGCAAUGCGUCCAUUCCUUCUUUGGUCUUAUCAUUCCUGCGCUUCAUACGUAGAAGUUUUCUUUGGAUUUCGCAGCAUGGAAUGUGUUUGCUGCACCUAAUGUAAUUCGAGACACAUAAUCCUGACAAGACCAUCUCUGUAUCAUUAUAUCUCGCAACCAAACCAUACGUAGCGACGCGGUCUACUCAAAAACUCGGU